GAAGUCACGAAGCAGCAGAUGACCGGGGGGGAGGGAAGAGCUCUGUCUCGUUAUUGGAUGGUUGGCUGGCUUUUAUUCCACCUGAUCGCCUCUCCCCUUUCUCUCUCAUCUUUCUCUCUCUAAAAUCACCAAUUCCCCUUCCCUCUCCUCCUCUCUCUCUCUCUCUCUCUCUCUCUCUCUCUCUUCCUCUCCGUUUCGAUCGUCUGCGAGGGAAGGGAGGGAGAGAGGGAUUGGCUCCGCGGUGACGGUUUUGGUGGCCGACGGAAUGGGAGUUGCCGUCGAGCUUCAUUGAGGCGGGAUCCUUGGCGAUGCUGAUGGAGAUUGCCCCGCAAUGGCCUUCCACGCCGUGAUUCCGAUGUCUGGAGGAGCCGCCGUGACGGAGGGGUCCCCUCUGUCACCCUCCUUCGCCGAAGAUGCGACGUGGCAAAUGAAUAUGAGAUCGCCCGAGACUAUGGAACCAGGGCCCUACCCUGAACGUCCUGGAGAGCCUGAUUGUUCUUACUACAUCAGAACUGGUCUUUGUAGAUUUGGAGCUACCUGUCGAUUUAAUCACCCUUCUAACAGGAAGCUGGCCAUUGCUAAUGCAAGAAUGAAGGGAGAGUACCCCGAAAGACCAGGGCAACCAGAAUGCCAGUAUUAUCUAAAGACUGGGACAUGCAAAUUUGGAGCAACUUGCAAAUUUCAUCAUCCUAAAGACAAGGCAGGGAUUGCAGGAAGAGUUUCGCUGAAUAUUCUGGGCUAUCCCCUUCGCCCGAAUGAAGUUGAGUGCGCUUACUAUCUGAGAACUGGACAAUGCAAGUUUGGAAGCACUUGCAAAUUCCACCAUCGUCAGCCUUCUAAUAUGAUGGUACCAUUACGUGGUUCAGUUUAUGCAUCCGUUCAAUCUCCAACUGCUAUAGGUCAGCAAUCAUAUGGUGGAGGAGUUGCAGGAUGGUCAAGGGCAUCUUUCAUCCCAAGUCCUCGUUGGCAAGGUCCCUCAAGUUAUGCUCCUGUCAUUCUACCUCAGGGCAUGGUAUCAGUUCCUGGCUGGAAUACAUACAAUAGUCAACUGGCAUCUGUUUCAUCUUCAGAGAACCUGCUGCAAACAGCGGGAAACAGUCAGGUUUAUGGGACCACUCGCCAGAGUGAUUUAGUGAAUAUAGGAUCUCAUGGGGCAUUCUCUCCAGAUUAUUCUGGCUCACUAUCGGUUGGAUCCUCUGCGAUGCAGAGGGAAAAUGUGUUUCCCGAGAGACCAGGGCAACCUGAAUGCCAGUUCUACAUGAAGACAGGAGACUGUAAGUUUGGCGCAGUUUGUAGAUUUCAUCAUCCUAGAGAGAGAAUAAUCCCUCCUCCAGACUGUGCCUUGAGUCCCAUGGGCCUUCCCUUACGCCCGGGAGAGCCGCUGUGCAUCUUCUAUUCUCGUUAUGGUAUAUGCAAGUUUGGCCCAAGUUGCAAAUUUGACCACCCGAUGGGUAUCUUCACAUACAAUCUUUCUGCAUCGUCUCUAGCUGAUCCUGCUGCUCAGCAUUUUCCAAAGCUAUCAACAGAAGGACUAGUGGGAAAGACAAGGCGACUCUCACUAUCAGAGACAAGGCAGAUGCCCUCUAGUGAAGAUGACAUUGACACGGAGGAAUAAAAUCCUCCCGUUCCCUAAGAAAAGAAGCCCUUCUUUCUUGUUACCCUUCUGAGGGUACAAUGGUGUUGUCUGUAAAUUCUUUUGUACAGGGUCAAUGUGGAAUGAUUCUGUUCAAUCUGAAAGCGGAUUCAGUUGACAGAUUAACCCUAUGGGUGUUUACUCAGAUUGCUGCAUUGUAUAAGUGCGAGUUUGUCUUAUUUGGGGAAAUCUCGUUUUACCAA